UUGGUCGGAAUAGUCUUAAAUUGGUUUUUAUUUGGGAUACUCACAGUACAAGUUUACAUAUACUACUCUUCGUUCCCGACGGACAGUAAACGGAUCAAGAUACUAGUCUACGGAAUAUACUUGGUUGAGACGGCACAAGCUUGCACGGUCAUGUCCGACCUUUGCUUCUGGUUCGCUCAAGGAUUCGGAGACUUGAACAAAUUGACGGCCACAUAUAUAUCUCCAGUCGAUACUCCUAUGCUUGGAAGUAUAUCCUCUCUCGCAGUGCAGCUUUUCUACUGUCACCGUAUU